AUGGAGCGAAUGAAACUUAUUUUUGACACAUCCCUAAAACUUCACGAAAUUAAAGAAAACACUAGCGAAAAGACAGCCCUCGACACCGAGUUCAAACGAACACGCCGGAAUAUCUGCCUCUCUCAUCUUGAUUCCUCCUUCCGCGAACGCUACGAAGACGAAAUCAUCGGCGUAGAGAACACUGAGGAAGAAGCUAAAGAGGCCCGACGCAAGUUGAACACAAUCAGUCGGCGACUAGAAGAAGAAGAGACAUUUACGAGGUUUCACACUCGACUUGAAAAGCUAGCCACCACCGCCAGCAAAGGUAACACUGUUCUACAGAAACAUUUUCUGGAGGAAGCAUUCAAUGCGAACUUGACACCCGAACUACGACGCUAUCUCUUGGACCAAGGCAAGUCAUCAUGCGACACCGGUGACACCGCGAAAUACCUUGACCAAAUGAAGAAACAUAAACGCCGGAUCGAAGUCAAAGCCGUCUCAGCAGACGACACGAUGCUACGGGAACAAGUCACUGCUCUCACUCAUCAAUUCUCUACCCUUCCCACUCGAGAAUUUCUGAUGGAAUCUCUUCAGUCAACACUUGCUUCAAUGAUGGAGGACAAAAUGAACUCUCUUAGACAAGAGUUCACCGAGGUCCAAGCUACCGUCUCGCCUAUCGUCAGCCGAGUCGGCCCAAAACUUCUCACUAAUGCCUCAAUUUAUGGUCAGCAAACUUGUUUCCAGAUCGACACUGGUGCCCAAGUGUCGUGUUUACCCCGUAAUCUUAUCCCGUCUCAUCAUCAGUCAUCUAUCGUCCCAUCUCCAAUACAACUUCAAUCUUAUAAUGGCUCCGAGAUUCAGGUUUACGGAUGCAUCUCAACAAACUUUCAAAUCGGCAAUAUUUCCCUGGAAAAUUGCAUUUUUUACGUGGUCGGCGAUCACUGUAGCCCGAUUCUCGGAACACCUGAGCUUACCGAAAAUGGAAUCCUUAUCGACCUUCGUAAGAGCGUAAUCCGCAAAGACUUGAUAGAAGAAAGAAUCAAAAUUUGCAAAAGUUCUGCGAUUGGAAUCAAAGCUAUAUCAAAGACAAACUUCUUUUCAACUACAGCUGUGGCAGCAGUUCCUGUCACCAUCACGCCACAUUCAUCUACCUUUAUCGACAUCGACCUAAGAGCUUCUCCAACAAGUUAUAUCUGUACAAUUCCAGAAAACUCCACCAAUAAAAAUAUUGAAAUCUACGAUCAAUGCGUCCAACUUGGUAAUCUUCAAAAUAAGACAAGAAUCCACAUCGCAAAUAAAUCGGCAUUUCCAGUCAACAUCAACAAGAAUACAGCUAUCUGCCAAAUUAAAGAAGUCGAAAUAAGAGUCCCGGAACCUGCGAAACUUGGUAAAUUCAACGAAGUCAUGAAAGAGUUGAGUAUAGGAGACGUCCCACAGACGAUCAGAAGAAAACUCGAGGAAUUAAUCAUGCUAUACAUCGAUGUAUUUGCCUUGGAAGACGAGCAACUGGGAACCACAGACGCGAUGUCCUACACGAUCGAUACUGGGGACGCUGCUCCAGUAGCUUCACAACGGUACAAGACGCCUUAUUAUCUAAGAAACGAGCUGCGGCGAAUCAUCGACGCUUAUCUUUCGUCCGGACUUCUUGAGCCCUGUUCAAGCCCUUGGGCCGCCCCAGUCUUACUCGUGAAAAAAGCUAACGGAAAAUGGCGCCUGGUUUGUGACUACCGUAAGCUUAACGCAGUCACAAUUGCGAACCAAUACCCGUUGCCAGAUAUCGAUGGCCUUAUUGAUCAAAUGGCAGACUCAAAGGUAUUUUCGACGGCAGACCUCUUUACGGGAUUCCAUCAAAUACCGUGCGAUGAAGAAACGAAGCAGAAAGUGGCAAUUACAACAGAUUUCGGGCAAUUUACAUGGUCGGCGAUGCCAAUGGGCGGAAAAAAUGCUCCCGCUGUCUUCCAGAGAAUGAUGGAUAAAAUCUUCCAGCAUAUUCCGAGUAACGAGCUCGCAAUCUACCUCGACGACCUCUGCCUUCAUUCAAAAACGUUUGAGGAGAAUCUUCGAGUUAUCGAAAAAGUAUUUAUUGCCCUAAGGAAGAAUAAUCUGAAGAUACGGGCGGCGAAAACAGAGUUUCUCAAGAAGAAAAUAAAAUUCUGCGGUGCAAUUAUUGAGGACGGGUUCCGUUCCCCGAAUCCAGAUAAAACGCGAGCAGUCCGAGAACUAACACGGCCAACAUCAAAGAAAGAAGCCUCAAGCGUGUUUGGACUUCUCAACUAUCAUCGCGCCUUCAUCCCUCAUUUUGCGUCAAAAGCUGCACCAAUAAACAAGGCGAUGAGCAAAGGAUUCAAAUGGACAAGAGAAGCCGAUGACGCUCUGGAUUUGCUUAAAAACGAAAUUGGCGAUUACGUCGAUUCCUUAAAAAUACCAAACCCGAACUCAGGCCAUUUUGCAAUCGAGACUGAUGCCAGUGAGUCUGGAAUAGGAGCUGUCUUGCUUUAUUGCCGAACAAACGACACUAAAUUCCUGCCUGUCGCUUAUCUAUCCCAGAAAUUCGAUGAGGCGCAGAAGAAUUAUAAUAUCAGCGAGAAGGAGCUCCUUGCUGGUAAAAAGGCGAUGGAAAAAUGGUCCCAUUAUCUUAUGGGAAGACAGUUUACUUGGUAUACCGACAAUUCCGUCGUCAAUUGGGCGCACAGAGUCAUGAGCAGGAAGCUCAAAAUAGCUAAAUGGCUCGCAGAGAUAAGCGAUUUCGACUUCAAGACGGUGAUGAAGCCUUCGAAAGAAAUGCAAGUCUCUGACUGCUUGUCAAGGAAUAACAUAGCGUCCGAGGAAAUUUCAAUCAACAUUCUCAAGCCACGAGACCUCUUGUUUCUACAGCAAGGGGAUCCAGUCAUCAGAGAACUGCUCCACUACCACCAGAUUGACCGCUGGCCGAAUUUACCCGUUGGAGAGAUCAAAAACUUCCUGCGAGCCAGGGAAAAGAUCGCUGUCAGAGAAGAUGGCCUCCUUGGAAUCUAUGAAAACGGCUUCAGAGUUAUUCCUCCCAUCAGUCUCAUUCCGGAUAUCCUACGUGAAUACCACGAUAAUUCUGGGCAUCCCGGUAUUGGACAGACCCUCGACGGCAUAGAAGCAAAGUAUUUCCGACCAGAUAUGAAGAUGAUGGUAACAGAUCACAUAAAGUCGUGCCUUGACUGUCAAUUGAUCAAACCAGUGAACAAUCCGCUAAAUGCCCCGCUCGGCCAUGUUGAACCACCGACAAAGCCUUUUCAACGAUACUCGAUUGACUUAGUUGGACCUCUUCCGCUAACGGACAACUACAAGCGCUACAUUUGCGUGAGCACAGAUCUCUUCAGCAAAAGGACGAAUGCAACUGCUCUCCGAACAAAAAAACCUGAAGAAGUAUUGCAGGCAGUCAAGCACGAAUGGCUACGAAACCCCCAUCUCCCAACAGAAAUCCUUAUGGAUAAUGGGGGCGAGUUCAAAGACGUCAAAGAGUGGUGUGAGGAUAAAGGACUCAAAGUAUCCCUAUCUCCUGCCUACCACCCACAAACAAAUGGAGAGUGUGAAAAUCGCAAUAGAACAAUCAAGUCGAGACUCAAGCUUGCCUGCAAAAUGGAAAACUGGGACAUUCACCUUCCAUAUGUCAUUCAUCAGAUGAAUUCGGCGAAACAUUCUGUAACCAAAGCGACUCCAUUCGAAAUUGAGACAGGAUUCAGAGGUCAAAACGCCAAUGACAAGUUUAGACCCAACGAAGAACGAAAGGAAGUCAGCUUUAAAGAAGUCUAUGAAAGGAUUUCGGAGAACCAUGAGAAACGACGCUCAUCCAAUGAGGCAAUCAAGGACUUCAGAGAAGGUGACCUUGUUUUAUGCAAGAACAUGGAUCCUCUCGAGAAGAUCUACAAAUGGACUGGGCCAAUGAAGAUAACGAAAGUCAAAAAACAGGGUCUUAGCUUUUUAUUGGAGAACCUGGAUUCUGGCAGGGAAAUAAGCCGACAUAUAUCGCAUUUGAAACCGUUUGUUCGAAGACAACAGGCUACAGAAACCGAAGAUUCAGCCCCCAGAGAUCCAAUGGGAGAAGCAACGCAACGAGACACGCGCAAGAGAACAUCCUACUGUAUCCAAACGAGAAGCCAAACCAUCAUACGAACACAACAGCAACAACCUGACAUUUCAUCAACACUGCAAAGCUCAAGCGGAACUCGAUCCUCAAGCCCAGAAAACCAGCCCAAAGCAGAUUACGUAAACUCCUCUAACCCUGAUAAUAGCCUUGGAAACAAUCAACAGCCCCCAUCAACGCCAGAUCCUUCAAAUGAGACAGUCUUCUAUGAUGCCGAAUCAGAGGCAGUAAGCCAGGAAAAUAGGUCCAUCCACAGUGAUUCGACAGAGGUUGCGGAUUUAACCGAAAAUGUCGAGUCUCAUCAGCCACCACGUAAACUCGUCUCUCCUGUCGUCCAAAGAAUAGCGAACCUUCACGAAAAAGCUCUAGAAAAAUUCAUCCGGGAUUACAAAUGCGGAAUAAAACUAGGAGCUUGGUCCUCACUCAAAAAUUCGAAGGCGAAAAAACUAGAGAAGAUAAAUGAAUGGAUAAAUGCGAACCACCCUGAUUGGGAAAAGGACGACGAAGGGUUUUACCUAAUAAAACACAACGCGUUGAUGCUGGAAAAGAAAACAUACCUCAGUGCCUUCACCAUUGUAGAAAUGGGCGUCCUUGCAAAACAUAUGGGCCUGACUGUUGAGAUUGACGGAAAAUCUAAAAGCGAAUUAACGAUUGAAAUCACGGCAAAGGCAAAAGAAAAAUUCCCAUUUCUCAAAACAACGGCGAGUGGGAACCUUAUCAUAGAUCCUGCUCACUUUUUGUGA